AUGCACAACUAUAUCCUAGCAGACUGCCAUUCCAACGCCAAGACCAAGACAAUGGCAAACCUUUCUAACACAGCCAACCUGAAGCAUGCAGAUACCUACGAAGAGCAUGCAGAGAGCCUCAAGCCUCGUUCCAAGGAGCGUCUGUAUCCCUCGAUGGACGACUUCAAAUUUGGCUCUCGGAGGAGACCAAGCGAUGCGUCCACCAUGUCACUCAGGUCUUUGUGUUCCUUGAAGCCUCCUCCUCCGUCAUCAGUACAUGUUGCUGAUACAUGCAGCAGCAGUGGGGAUGAGGUGACAAAGAUCAUUGCCAAUACUGACUUCUUGGGCGACUCUUCUCAUUCCUACUAUGAAGAUAUUGAUACCAGCUGCCACGACGUUUCGCUUGCUCCUCCCAGCGACCUGAUCAUGUCCUCCCCUCGUGUCAAGCGCUGUUCGGUUUCCUCCAUCCAAACUCUUCCUAGUGACUGCUCUGCCGAAGACCUCACUGCCAUCCAAGUGGCCUUGUACUCGGAUGAUGAAGAAGCAGAGGAACGGUCCAUGGCACUCGUCGAGCAGCUCCUACGAGAAGAGUUGGGACUUCCCAACCAUCAGUCCGCUGCUUCAACUUGUGAAGACAGCUCUUCGGGACAACCACAAGAACAACAAGGGGGAGCUUCUCGCAGAGCAUCUUCCACCAGGGGACCAAAAACAGUUCAAGAAAUCACACAAGAUCUCAUCUACCAAAUCUGUCUUCAACUCGAUGAAGUCAACCCGGACGUCAAGUCGGAGAAUUGGAAAAUGCUGGCGCCUCUGGAGAUUGAAAAACUCGAGCUCUUUUGCUACGACGUUAACAACACCGCUGCUAUGGGAUGCGAAGACACAAACUGCCUCGUUUGCCAGCAAGAAUACCAAAACGAAGAGUCCCUCCGCAAGCUUCGUUGUGGACACUGCUUUCAUCAACAAUGUGUCGAUCCAUGGAUCCUAAAGCAUGACUUUUGCCCCGUCUGCCGAAAGGCCAUUGACGAGGAAUGA